CUCCCGUCCCGUUCCCAUUCCCGGCCCGCUCCCGCUGCCGCCGCUGCCAUGGCGGGCUCGGCCGCGGGCUGGGCGCCCACCCACGUGCGGGUGACGGUGCUGCGGGCGCGGGGGCUGCGCGCCAAGGCGGCGGCGGGCGGCAGCGACGCCUACGCGGUGAUGGCUCUGGGCCGCGACAAGUUCCGCACCUCGGUGGCCGAGCGCUGCCGCGGCGAGCCGCUGUGGCGGGAGGAGGCCACGUUCGAGCUGCCGGCCCGGGCCGCCCCGCUGCGCCUCACCGUGCUGCACCGGGCCCUGGCCGGCGCCGACAAGUUCCUGGGCCGCGCCGAGGUGGAGCUGGCGGCGCUGAGGGAGCGCGGCGGGCCCAGGCACACCAGGUGGUACAAGCUUCACUCCAAGCCAGGGAAGAAGGAAAAGGAGAGAGGGGAGAUCGAGGUGGACAUCCAGUUCAUGAGGAGCAACAUGACAGCCAGCAUGUUUGACCUGUCCAUGAAGGACAAGCCCCGCUCUCCCUUUGGGAAGCUCAAGGAGAAGCUCAAGGGCAAGAGGAGCAGUGGCCUCUCAGACACAGCAUCAGAGAUUGUCCCCAGCACCUCCCACUCCCCUGCUGACAGCGAGGAUGAGGCGGCCGAGAAGGAGAAGAAGAAAUCCAAGUUCAAAGCGCUGUUCUCCAAGCCUGGCCUGCACAAGACAUCCCUGUCCCAGUCCAUGUCAGUGCUGCCCACCCAGCAGCCCCUCACCCCCAGGGUUCGGCUGCGGCCCAGCGACUUCCAGCCACAGUGGGAUGAGGAGGAGUCCGAGACCUCUCCUGCCUCAGAGCGAUCCUUUGAAAGUGCUCUGGAAGAGAAGCCAGCUCCUUCUCCUCUGUUCAGAUCUCGUAAACCAGCCUUUUUGGACAGUAGGCAGCUAACCCAAGGAACCACUAACCACACCAAAAAGGAUGGGCUCUCUUUGUUCAGUGGCCUUAAAUCCAAAAACGAUCCCGUGUCCAAGUCUAGUCUGUGCAUCAAUGGCAGCCACGUUUAUAUGGAAGAAACCACGAGGAAGGACAAGACUCCAGCCUCCUCCCCCUCUCCUCACCUCAGGAGGAAGCAGCACUUUGCUUCAGAGGAGAACCUGUCCUCCAGGUCCACUAAAUCACCUGAAGAGGUGGGGAGAACCUCUUCUGGUCAGGCUUUCUCUGGGUCCACAUCCUUGGAGACCUUCAAAUCCAUGACUUUGCCUUCGUACAAACUGCUCAGCAAUGAGGAGCAGCUGGACACCAGCAUUCCACCGAGCGUCGAGGCUGCCAGAGAGACCAAAAAACCAGAGCCCAAAAAGUCUGCCUUGCUCUCCCUGGUCACUGGGAAGAAGGAAACAGUGAAGACCAGCGAUGCUGAGAUUGUUCCUGACAGAACCCUGCAGAGUGAGGAAAAUGCAGGUGCAGAAGAGAAGAGUGAAGAGGAGGCCAAAUGCCCUGAAGGCCCAGGGGAUUUGGGCAGAGGGAGCCCGUCAGGAGAUGCUCCCUGUGUGGAGGAGGCUGUCACAAACAAACAGCUCAGCCCCUGCGAGGAGGAACGGAAACCUGAGAAGGCUGCUCCAGCCAAGACCAAAGCUGUGAAACCCAGACUGGGCCUGUCUCCAGAGGAGGAACCCAAAGCCACGCUUCCUACUCUUGCACCUGCCCCCCUCCCUGCUUUCCUCUCUGUGCACCGUGCCAGCAGUGCAAAUAAUCCUUUUGUUUCUAAAGUGGGGCAGACAGUCCAAGGGCCAGACUCUGAAAACACCACCGGUUCUCCUGCCUCUCUCACUUCUCCUGCUGUUGCUGCAGGGCUUUGGAAUGACAAGAACCCUUUUGCUCCUGAGUGGGACAGGGCAUCCAGAGCCUGUUUCCCUUCACCCCAUCAUCCUGCAGCCUCUGUUCCCAAAGUGCCUCUUCCUGGGCAGGUCUCUGCUAGGGGCAAUAAUCCUUUUGCUGCUGGCUGGGGGCAGGCUCCUGAGGGCUCUGGCACGGAGCCUUCCCGGGUUCUCUCUGGCCCAGCCACACCUCCUGUCCCCUCUGGCUCUGGUUUCAAUGGCAAUAAUCCCUUUGUGUCCCAGCCUGGGGGACAGGCAGUGCCAGCUUUCCAGGCUGUCUCUGCUUCUUCCCCUGCCUGCCUGCCUGGUGGGAAGGACUGUUCCUCUGCAGGACACCCUGCUCGUGGUGCUUCAGGGGGCUCUGUGGAUGUGGCUUUAGCCAGUGGUGUCACAGCUGUGCCACACCCUCUUGGCACCUUGUCUGACCCCCCUUCUGGCCCCCCUGGGCUGGCUCCAGAGCCCCACUGUGGCUCUGCCCAGCUUCAGCCUGAGGAUUCUUUGGAAAGCAGCAAGGCAGGCACUGGGAAAUCUGUGUCCUUUGUCCUGGGGGAAUGGCAGGGUGUCCCAUCAGGUGAUGUGGGUUUGGGUGGGCAGGAAGGUGGAGAGCAGCACCUGGAUUCCAGUGGGAGGUUACAGAUGGCAGCAGGGGAGCGAGCAGGGUUUGGGGGUGAGCUGGGAGCAGGGGGUGACCCAGGGACAGAGCACUCUGGGGACAGCACACAUCCCAUCUGGAGCAGUGAUGGAACAGCCCUGGAGGUCACUGGUGUGAGCACUGAGCCCUGCACGAGGGCUGACAGAGGUUUUGUGUCCCCUGAGAGCGAGCUCAGGGAGGAGCAGGAGACCCGUGGUGCAGAGCAGUGGGCAGAGUGUGUGCCCAUGUCAGAGCCCCAGGCAGCCCCACCUGCUGGAAAUGAGGCACUUGCUCAAGUCCAGCCAAGCCCGAGAGCCUGCACGGUGUCCCCUGGGGAAGGGGAUCCAGGGAGGGCUGGCAGCAAGAUCCUUGUCCCCCCAAAGCCAGCCCCACGAGUGGCUGUGCUGCUGUGGAAAUCCUCAGUGCCUUCCCAGGCUGAGCUGAGGGCUGAUGCUCCUUCAGGAGAUGCUGUAAAAUCCACACCACCCAAUGAUGAGAGUUCCCAGCUCUCAUCAGCUGCUCGUGGGUGCCUCCCUCAGGGUGGCUCCUUGGAGACUGUUACCCCUGCAGUGACACCCAGAGGUAACAGCAGUGGCAGGCCUGCAGGAGAGGAAGGUGAUGAUGAUUUCCCUGUCAGUGUCACAGAUCUCAAGUCUGCCAUUCCUGUGCCUGGGGACCGGGGCUCAGUGCUGGCUGCUCUUCCCGUGAUCCCGGAGGGAGGCUCUGAUGAUGAGCUGCUGGGGGACUGCCAGGAGAGCUCUGGGGUCACUGCAGGUGGCAGAGGUGUUCUAGGGGAUGGAGAGCAGCCCCGAGGUUUGGCACCUUUGCAUGGAGAGCAAAGAGAGCUCUCUGAUAGCUCUGCUGUCCUGGCUGCUCCAGGAGGAGGAGGAGCAGGAGCUGUUCCUGGUGUUCAGAAGCCAGGGAGUGUGGCUGCAGUGGGGGCUCCCAGGGUCUGUGUGCAGGGAGCUGCCUCAGGCUCAGGUGUGAUGUCUCAUUCCAGGGAGUGUGACAGUCAUUUUGAGAAACAAGAGCUGGAAAGGAGUGCAGGUGUUGAGGAGUGUGCAGAGUGUGACUUCUCUGAGCCUUCUGCUUUCUCUUCCUCCCUGUCAAGCCCUUGCCAGCCCUACUCUUGCUCUCAUUCCCUUCUCUCUGACACCCCAAGUCGUAGAGCAGAGUCUCCAGCAGCCGAGGGCUUCGCAGAUAAAGCGGGAAAUUCGGGCAAGAAGAAACUCCUUCAGGCACGGGUUUCACCCUCUGAAACCUUCCCUAAGCAAACCCCACGGGGUGGUGAAACCGUGUCUGCCCAGCACAGACUCCAUCCUGUGAAGCCAAUGAAUGCCAUGGCAAACAAGCCUCAGAGCAAGAGCCUGAAUGUCAUCAGCACCAUGAAUGAAAAGUUGCUGGAAAUGAGUGUGAAGAAAUAUGAUCCCUCAGACCCUGCCUAUGCCUAUGCCCAGCUGACCCACGAUGAGCUGAUCCAGCUGGUGCUCAGGCAGAAGGACACCAUCAGCAGGAAGGAGCUGCAGGUGCGGGAGCUCGAGGAUUACAUCGACAACCUGCUGGUCAGGGUGAUGGAGGAGACCCCCAACAUCCUCCGUGUUCCCAUGGCUGGGAGCAGGAAGGCUGGCAAGAUGUGAGGGAUCUGGGGUGUCAGUGAGCAAGGACUCAAUUCCCCCAGAGGAGGGUGAGGAGCUGCUCUGCAGCAGGUGCUGCUGGUUGUGCUUCUCACAGAAAAUGACCUUUUUCCUGUUUCUGCCUUGAGCAACCCUGGGAUUGAUUAAUAGCUCCAUCAGGUGUUGUAAUGAAGUCACCUUAUCAUAUUUAUUUUUUGUUUUCUUCCCAUUAUUUGGGAAGAUCAGGCAUUAACCCAAAGGGUGGUUGUGAUGGGAAGGAGGAGGGUUUUUGAUGUGUUUUGCUUCCCAGCAAGGCACUGAUGAUCCUUUAGGAAGAUUUUUUUUUUAAUUAUUUUGUUUUUUAGCAGCUUUGAUAGAUCAUUUACUUUUCUUCCCUCAUCUGAAGUUGUAGUGCAAUAUAAAUUCUUGUACAGUAGAGCUUGAGGAUUUGACUGUUUUUAAAAUAAUAAUAAUUACCUACACUGGAGAAGUCCAAAGAUGUCCCAGCUUCAGGCCUGGGCUGUAAUUUAAAAGGAAUUAUUGCCCUGAAAGUUGACCAUAAGCUGACCAAAUCUCACUUCAUCUCAUCAAGUGGACAUUCCCAAGGGAAAGUUCACAGGUUUUCUGGAGUAGGAGCCAUUGAGGUUCCUGGUACGUUUCUGCCAUAGGAAUGGCAUCAAUGGAUUGGGCCAAGGGUACAUUUUAACUCAAGUUCUUCUCUUGGUGUCUCAAAGUUUCUGCUCUGGAAGUUGUUCACAGGAGGCUCUGUGCCCUGGAGCAGGGCUGGCUCUCACAUCUGUGGGAGUUCUGUGCCCAUUUCCCUCUUACAUUCAUUCAGGACACAGAAAUGCUUUGGCUGCUGGAGCUGGGGUGACCUUGAACACCUUUCCAAGGUGAGCAGUUUUGCAGAAAGUGCUUCUUGUUGUCAUUGCAGAGAGGGGAGGGAGCACUGGGGCUCCCCUGCUCUGGUUCCUUGCUGCUCACACAAACCCUUGUGUGGCUGAGGCUGUGCUGGACAGCCCAGAGCUCCCUCUGUGCUUCAGGGGUGUUCUCCCCACCCUGUCAGACAGCAGCAACAGCUCAUGGCUGGGGAGCAGCCACCACAGCUUCCCCCACUGGGAACCACGUGGGGCUUUGUUUGCUCAGCUCUUGGGAAAGAUCAAAAAAUCAGAAGCUUUUUUGCUUCUCUGGGAUUUACCAGGGUAGGGAGAGUCCAUAAAAGUCUUAGAGGGAAGCUGGAAAACCAAGAGAGCAGGAAGGAAGGGACCAAAGCUUCAUGAGGACCAAAGCUUAAAGCUUUCCAGCCUUAAUUCUAUGGAAACAAACACUCCUACUUGUGGAAACUGUUGGGUUAUUGCGUCACUCCUGGCUCGGGGUGAGUUUCUAACUCAGGUUUUCUACAGCAAAGCACUUUAUUGAGCAGCUGGAUGGACUCUCACCCUGUGAGCAGUCUGCUUACAAUUGUCAUAAACCACUAGAAACUACUGGAGAUCUCAAAUACUGUAUUUUUGUGUGAGAAGCAGUUUAAUAUAUUUGCAUGGAGAUGUAAACAUUUAUUAGAAAAAUCAAAAAAAUGCUGUUAAUGACAUUUUUUAUUCCUGCUACCAAAGUCUGGAGCUUUACUGGCAGAGCUGUCCCUCGUGGGCAGCCUGACCUCAAACAAGCCUUAGGAGCUGAGUCUUGCAAGACUUCAGGUACUCUGAUCUCAUUUUAGUGUUAUUUGAGCAGUGAGGGCAUUCUCUCUUUUUUUUCCUGUCCUCCCUGCUCUGAAUGAAGGGUCUGAAACCUUGGUGGUGGUGCUGCUUUAAUUCUGAGUGGUGCUGGUUGGCUUUGCUGGAGCUGCUGCUGCCUCUCGUGCCUUCUGAGUGAGGAAGAUGAAGGAUUGAUUUGUUUCCUCCUCGUGCCUCUGCGGAUCUCUGGACAGAGGAUCCUAUACCUCACUGAUAAACUUGUAUUUCAGACUUUUUUCUGCUAGGAAGAGUGACUGCACAGAACCAAAGCAAUAAAUGAUAUGUGCUCUUGGCAGAGAUGGAGCCUUAACACUUGGAAUGGCCUCCCCUGGUUGGGGGAGCCUUUUUCAGCUGGUUCCAGCUGUGGCUGUUGGGUGGCUCUUGCCCCCAACAAUUGCUCUUCUCUCCUUUGGGUGGCUGCAGCUGUGGAGCCCAAAAGCAUCACCCAAGCCUUGUAGCUCAUUUUUAUUGGCAAUAAUUGUUAAAGUCUUCCUUUGGUGGGAAGGGACUGGCAUCUUGCAUCCUCAAGGGCCUUAAGAAUCAAAUACAUUGUUUUAUUACUGAAGGAUCUCAAUGCAUGUUCCCUGUUUGUACUCUCUGCUUUUAGCCCAGGUACUGUUUGUUUUUGAACACUUUUGGUUUUAUGGAACACUAAAAUAAACUCACCUUAAACCCAGA